UUAACUCAUCAAGUCGAACCAUCAACAUCAUCUUUCUUGGUCGCAAACCGCAACAUUUGUGAAGAAGACAGAUUCUGAGAGCAAACAAAAAAAAAAGCCCUAAAUGAACAGUGGCGUCUUUCAUCUCUAACUCGCUUCUUCCUUGGGGUUUUACAUAUCCAAAUCCCGCCAUUGAUUUUAAUAUCCCGCCCAGUGCUUGAUUCCUUCCAUCUAUGGCUUUCUGGGUUGCUAAAAUAGUUUCCGAUUACACUGAAUAGGGCUGAUUCGGUUUCUUAAGAGACCUAGUGCUGAUCUUGUGAUGGAUUCUGCUAUUGAAAUUAGUUCAGAUAGUGAUAGUGAUGACGAGGUUAUUAGGUCACCCCCUCAAACCAGGGCAAAUCCCCCAUGGCUAGCUGGCAUGAGAACGUUUCCUCGAAUGAUUUUUCCUACAGUGGAUAGUCAUCCUAGGGCUGAUAUUACAAAUCAGGCUCCUCGCAAUGGUGCCUCAAGUGAUACCUCUCGGCCUCAAGUCUCUAAGCCUUUAACACUAACAGGGAAUAGUCAUCCUAGGGCUGAAAUUACAAAUCAGACUCCUCGCAAUGGUUCCUCAAGUGAUAUCUAUCGGCCUGAAGUCUCGAAGCCUUUAACACUAACAGGGAAUAGUCAUGCUAUAGCUGAAAUUACAAAUCAGACUCCUCGCAAUGGUGCCUCAACUGAUACCUCUCGGCUUGAAGUCUCUAAGCCUUUAACACUAACAGGGAAUAGUCAUCCUAUAGCUGAAAUUACAAAUCAGACUCCUCGCAAUGGUGCCUCAACUGAUACCUCUCGGCUUGAAGUCUCUAAGCCUUUAACACUAACAGGGAAUAGUCAUGCUAUGGCUAAAAUUACAAAUCAGGCUCCUCGCAAUGGUCCCUCAAGUGAUACCUCUCGGCCUGAAGUCUCUAAGCCUAUAAGACUAACAGAUAUUAGUCAUGUUAUGGCUGAACAUACAAAUCAGGCUUCUCGCAAUGGUGCCUCAACUGAUACCUCUCGGUCUGAAGUCUCUAAGCCUUUAACACUUGCAGGGAAUAGUCAUGUUAAGGCUGAACACACAAAUCAGGCUUCUCGCGAUGGUGCCUGCUUGAGUGAAACUUCUCAGCCUGGAGUCUCUAAGCCUUUUUCAGGGAAUGGGAACACUGUUAACUCGAGAAUUUCGAAUGCAUCUGGUGCUGACUAUGAGAGACUGCCGUCUCAGCAAGCUCUUAAAAGAACCCUUCCACCCUCUUUUAAUCCUCCUCCCAUUCCUUCCAGAAGCGGCCCUAACAAUACAAGUAAUNACAAGUAACGCUAGUGGGAGUCGCUUUAGCUCGGAUUAUAGUCGUCCAGCUGUGUCACCUGUACGCAACAAGAGCACCUUUGGUGAUCAUGAUAGUGCUGACUAUGAGAGACUGCCGUCUCAGCAAGCUCUUAAAAGAACCCUUCCACCCUCUUUUAAUCCCCCUCCCAUUCCUUCCAGAAGCGGCCCUAACAAUACAAGUAAUGCCAGUGGGAGUCGCUUUAGCUCGGAUAAUAGUCGUCCAGCUGUGUCACCUGUACGCAACAAGAGUACCUUUGGUGAUCAUUAUAGUGGAGCCCAUGCUGAGAUAGGAAUCCAUCGUGGCAUGAAUGGGGUUAGGAUCCUGCCUCCAUCUCUGAAUCAUGGAACGUCUGCUUCUGUUUCUCAUCUUGCUGGUUCAAGUGAUCCAGUGCACAGGUUUGGCAUUGAUGAAGAUAGGAAUGCUAAUAACGAUGAGAGGCUGGUCUACCAGGCUGCACUACAGGGUUUGAAUCAACCCAUGACCGAAAUCGAUCUACAUCCUGGUACUCUUUCAGUUCCUCUUAUGAGGCAUCAGAAAAUUGCGUUAGCAUGGAUGUUUCAGAAGGAAACGAGAAGUUUGCAUUGUUCAGGAGGGAUACUAGCAGAUGAUCAGGGACUUGGUAAGACGGUCUCCACGAUUGCUCUUAUCCUAAAGCAAAAGCUUGAGUCACAAUUGAAGUCCAAAAAGUCAAGCAAUCAAGAAAUUGAGGCAUUGGUCCUGGAUGCUGAUGAUGAGUCAGACAAUGCAAAGCCUGAAAGUGGUAGUCAUGUAAAACCAGAGUUCAAUGUUUCGAACAAUUGUGAGAUCAAGGUUCUGACUGCUGGUGGUAAUGAUGAGAAUGGCGCUUUAGAUAUGGAGAAAGUCAAAGAUGAAGAAGAGAAUUCUUCAACACGGGCAUUUAAGUGGAAGAGACCAGCUGCUGGUACAUUAAUUGUUUGUCCAGCGAGUGUUGUAAGGCAGUGGGCAAGAGAACUUGAGGAGAAGGUUUCUGAAGAAUCCAAACUUUCUGUGUUAGUCUACCAUGGUGGAAAUAGAACCAAAGAUCCUAAUGAAUUAGCAGAAUAUGAUGUGGUUGUGACAACUUACGCUAUUGUUACUAAUGAAGCUCCCGAAAAACCUUUGGUCGAUGAGGAUGAGAACGAUGAGAAAAAUACUGAAAAUUAUAGUAUUUCCCUCUCCAAGUAUAAGAAACGGAAAGCCACGGCGAUUGCCAAUAAGAAGAGUAAAAAAAGAGGUAGAAAAAACACUGACAGUUCUUCUUCUGAGCCUGAUUGCGGGGCUCUAGCAAAAGUUGGGUGGUUCAGAAUAGUACUGGAUGAAGCUCAGACAAUAAAGAAUCAUAGAACACAAGUGGCAAAAGCCUGUUGCACUCUUCGAGCCAAAAUGAGGUGGUGUCUGUCUGGAACACCAAUACAAAAUACGAUUGAUGAUUUGUUUAGCUAUUUCAGGUUUCUUAGAUAUGAUCCAUAUGCGGCGUACAAGUCAUUUUAUAAUACAAUCAAGGUUCCAAUUUCCAGAAAUUCUCCCCACGGUUACAAGAAGCUUCAAGCUGUUCUAAAGACUAUAAUGCUGCGCCGCACCAAAGGAACAUUGCUUGAUGGAAAACCAAUAAUUAAUCUACCUCCAAAGAAAGUUAAUUUGAGCAAGGUAGAGUUUUCAGUGGAGGAGCGGUCUUUCUACAGAAAGCUUGAAGCGGAUUCUCGUUCACAAUUCAAGGCCUAUGCUGCUGCGGGAACUUUGAGUCAAAACUAUGCAAAUAUUCUUCUGAUGCUUUUGCGACUACGCCAAGCCUGCGACCACCCACAACUUGUUAAAGGAUAUAACCCGGAACCUGUUGGUAAAGUAUCAGAAGAAGCAGCUAGAAGACUCCCUAGGGAGACUCGAAUGAGACUGAUCAAUUGCUUAUUAGAGUCAUCAUCUGCCAUCUGCUAUGUCUGCGAUGAUCCACCAGAAAACCCUGUUGUUACGCUAUGUGGCCAUGUAUUUUGCUAUCAAUGUGUUUUAGAUUAUAUGAAUGGCGAUGAGGACAUGUGCCCUGUACCGAGAUGCAGACAACAGCUUGGGCAUGAUGUUGUUUUCUCUGAAUCUUCUCUUAGAAAUUGCAGUACUGAAGAUUUAGGCUGUAGUUCUUCACAUGAUAAAGGUGUCGAUAGUUCAGUUUUUCUAAAAAGCGAGUUCAGUUCAUCAAAAAUCAAAGCUGUCCUCGAUAUCCUGCAGUCGCUUUCCCAACAAGACAGCCCAAACUCAGCACAGCCUGGUCAAAUGCCUUCUUCCUCACAGCUACAGCCAUAUGAUGACGACGAUGUUACCAUUGUAGAGCCAAUGAGUCUUCACUCAUCUUUACCUAGCCAGGGGGCUGUAAAGACGAUAAUAUUUUCUCAGUGGACAAGUAUGCUUGACUUGGUUGAGGUGUGUUUUCUUGAAAAUGGUAUAGUAUUCAGAAGAUUAGAUGGCACAAUGAGUCUAGCAGCAAGAGACACGGCCGUUAAAGAAUUCAGCAAGAAUCCAGAUGUAAAGGUGAUGCUGAUGUCUCUAAAGGCUGGAAACCUUGGGUUGAAUAUGAUAGCUGCAUGUCAUGUUAUUCUCUUGGAUCUUUGGUGGAAUCCUACAACCGAAGAUCAGGCUAUUGAUCGUGCACAUCGUAUUGGACAAACUCGGCCAGUUACUGUUACUCGAAUUACUGUAAAAGAUACCGUUGAGGAUAGAAUUUUGUCUCUUCAGGAAGAGAAAAGGAAAAUGGUUGCAUCUGCAUUUGGUGAAGAUAAUGGUGGAAGCUCUGCAACACGUCUAACAGUAGAUGAUCUCAAAUAUCUAUUUAUGGUGUAGACUACUCGUUGUAUGCUUCACAAGUAGACUUCUUACCGCCGUUUUAACUAGGUUGCUUAGUACAAUAUAUGGGAGAUGAAGGCCAGAAUUUUGAUCAGGAAGAAACCUCUAGCUGCACUUGUAAUUGAUUUGGCUCUCCUAGGACUUAGUGUUUUGGUUUUGCGAGGGUUCGAACCCAGUCUAGGCAUUUUUGUGUUUCCAAGUGGCAUCGAUGGGAAACAGGCCAUAUGUAAAUAACUAAAUCUUUUCAUGGUAUAUAUAUCGCGUAGGAGUUUGACCUUAAAUCUAGAGGAUCUAUUGCUGGAUAAUUUCAACUAUUGGUACCCU